AUGGGUUAUAGACGAGCAGAUAGAUGGACUGAUCGCACUCACCACGUGCUACCCCUCGUGAACGAGGGGUUAAACCAGCCCCCUAAGGGUGCGGCUGAGACCACCAACGCUGAGAUCAACCACAAGAUCCGAGGCAUGGAAGUAUGCAAACACCUAGCGCCUAUGGAUACGUUAUUGAACCUGCCCUUUCGUGAAAGGUUUAGGCGGCCGUACAAGAUGAAAAACAGUGAGAAACCGAGCAAUAAUCAGCCUCAAGGAGUCUACGCCUGGACACAGGGCCAGGGAACAGCAACAGACUUAUCAUAUGACUCAUGUCCCAGAAUAUCUGAGUUGGCAGGACCAUGGGAAGAGUCGGAAGCAAGAGAAUACUACGACUCUAAGGGCCUGCGAAGCCACAAUGCUCCUGAAAUCGAGCAACCUGUCCUUGGCGGCAUCUGCUGUACCAUCAAACCGGCCCGACCUACCAACGGCAUUUUAGAGCUUCGAAAUAAAACAUAUACCAACGUGUUGCCUACUGAGGCACGCGGUACUACCGAAGGAACCGGUAAGAAUGGUAAUCGAAAGCCAGGCAAGGGCAAGAAAGAAAAGAAGAAGAAGAACAAGCACGACGGAAUCCUCCCAAUUAAUAUUGCGAUUAUAAACGUUAAUGUUUUUGAGAUUUGCAAGGAGAGGAAGAAAAUUCUGAAUGGGUUUGAGACUGAGGUUGAAGUGGGGGGCUCCAGCAACGAGAAAAAGGAAGAAUUACCCGAGUGGUCCAUGUACCUGGAGCUCCACGACAACAUCACCGAAGAGCUCGAGGAAGAUCAGCUUGAGUACACCUUCUUCGAUAACGACGAAGAUCUCGGCAGCACUCAUACCUACGACACCAACAUCAAGGGCAGUUCCACAUGCGGCUGCAAGAGACUAUGUCUAUCCGGUUGUGCUAGUAUCCCUCAACGAUUCACAUCCGAUCGGUUACCGGUAUCCUCAUGGCCCUGCACUGUCUCACUUUAUCAGCCUACCCCCGUUCGACUAAUUUGCGCCCUGGAAGCAGUUGAUAAUUUCUUUGGUGGCCAGGAUCUAGGCAUCUCCUCGGAAAAUGUCUCCAUGCAGUUGGUCGAUAUGAGAGCGCCCGACCAAGAAUCAUAUAUCGGGUUCUUUAUCGACCUUUCGUUUCCUACUUCGAGUAAGGACAAUGGCUUCGUCAAGUGUGAUCCGAGCCGCCAUAACGCCAUUCUCCACAUUCAGGCUUCAGACCCCGAGGAUGAUGUUUUUCUUUUUCAAGUGACCAGAACGGCGACACCUACAGGUGCAAGCGAUGAGGAUACCACCAAGUGCCCCAAGAUCGAAUGUCCUACGAGUUGGAGUGACACCAAGCUUGCGAACGGUGCCAGAAGUAGUCAAGUGUCCAUAUUGGGCCCCGAUCAUCGAUGA